GGGAGUUCCGCCGUUGAGUAAUAUUGUGACGUAUGACGUCAUGAAUUACGUUUAAUGAGGAAGUAAAAAAGAAGCUUCAUAUCAUUUCCAGCAUCUUGAGAACGCCUUCGUGUUUACUUUUUACUCGAAUAAAGCAGUCUGUCCAUCAUGCUCGGUGGUGGAUUUAAAGGAGAGAGACUGCGAGUUAAUCUCAGACUCGUCAUCAACCGCCUUAAACUGCUUGAGAAGAAGAAAACUGAAUUGGCUCAGAAAGCCCGAAAGGAGAUAGCUGACUACCUGUCGGCAGGUAAAGACGAGCGAGCACGGAUCAGGGUGGAGCACAUCAUCAGAGAAGAUUAUUUGGUGGAGGCCAUGGAGAUUCUCGAGUUGUAUUGUGAUCUGCUGCUGGCCCGCUUCGGUCUAAUCCAGUCCAUGAAAGAGCUAGAUCCUGGGCUUCAGGAAGCAGUGUCCACUCUGAUCUGGGCGGCUCCUCGCCUGCAAUCAGAAAUCACUGAGCUCAAACUCGUUUCAGACCAGCUGUGUGCCAAAUACAGCAAGGAGUACGGCAAGCUCUGUAGGACAAACCAGAUCGGAACAGUCAACGACCGACUCAUGCACAAACUCAGUGUGGAAGCCCCACCAAAGAUCCUGGUGGAACGUUACCUCAUUGAAAUAGCCAAAAACUACAACGUCCCGUACGAGCCGGACGCCAUGGUGCGGCCGGAGGUCGGAGAGGAAGCAGACCUUAUAGAUGUGGACAGUGACUUUAAGAAGCGUGGCGGUGGAGGCGGAGGUGGUGGAGGGUUUACUGCUCCGGCCGCUGCUAUGCCUAUGCCCAUGCCCAUGCCCAUGCCCAUGCCAACACAUACAGCCUUCAGCUACCCUACACCCAAAGGAGUUGAUCCCUUCGGUGCUCCUGCUGGCACCUAUGAUGUUGGCUUUAACAACUUCCAGCCUCCAGUGAGGGGAGGGCAGCCGCCUCAGCUCCCCAGCUGCCCCCCAACCUACGAGUCUGUAAGUGCAAGUACCCCUGCCCCCUCUUCACCAUUCCAGCAGACCCAGGACGUCUUUUUGGCCUUUCAGGUUGAUGAUUUGUCUCUCAGACCCUCUGCUUCUCCCCAGGUUGUUCCAGGCCCUGGCCCGUCUGCUCACAACUACGACAACAACGUCCUUCCUGAGCUUCCCUCGGUUCCCGACACGCUACCCAACUCGUCCUUGGGCGGCAAUCCCGGUCCAUCUGACGACAUUGACUUUGACGACCUGUCACGGCGCUUUGAAGAGCUCAAGAAGAAGACCUAAUCUCUCAAACGCUCACAUCUGGAAAUCCGUGUGAUGGGAUCUUCAGAAGAAAAAAAAAGCCCUGGUCAGAUUAUACACACGACUUCUUCAUCCGAAGCAAUGAUUUUUGAUUACUUCAGACAUCAGUGUAAGAUUUACCUCAUGCGAAAAAAGAAAUGCGCUGCUGUCUUUCUGGUGGAGGUUAUUUUACUCAUAACAUCACAACGUAAAGGAUCUGAUUGAAUUUGAAGACAAUAAGUCCAGACUUUCCCUAGACUAUUACUAUAAUCUCUUUUUAAAUCACUUUCCAUAUAUGGCCUUUCUGCUAUGUAAUAUAAUGUAUUAUAGCUACAGCAUCGCCACGCCCAGAAGCUGUGAUGUCAUCACCACACACACUCCUUUUAACUUAAAUUUACUGUCAUUCAUAUGGAUUUUUUUUUCUUUUCAAUUAAUAACGAGAAUAUGAGUUAAAAAAAAUAAUAAUAAAGACUUAAGAUGUUAAUAUUCCUUUAGUGUGCAUGCCAUGUGAGACGUGGUAAAUGAGUCAGCGGAUGUUUUUCGUACUAACACGACAGACUGGUUUGACCGGUUGUCUCAGAUUACACCCAGUAACAAGGCAGGGACUUUUUCAAUUGACUUAAGUGACCAUGUGACUUGCGUCACUGCUCAACAGGGCUGAUCUUAUUCGUCAUGUGACCAGAAUGACACAGCUUUUUUUUUUCACUGAUACUAAGUGAAUGAAAUAUUAAUUUGCAACAGUUUUGAUUAUCUCUACUGAAUUCUAGAAAGUAUUUCGCUUUUCUUUCUUUUGUCAAGACGAACGCUUUCACAUAAGUAAAUGGUCUUAUCAAAUGACAAACUGACUCACUGGUCUUUAUCUUAAAAGCAAACAAUCCUAGUAGUUUUAGCCCUUCAUCAUUAUAUUAUCAUCUUCUGAUCUGUGGCCUUGUCUUGGCAUUUAGGUCCAGUUUCGUAAUGUAUAUUCAUUUUUGGUGAAGGAUUACCUUUUUCACUUAUUUUCUUGGAUUCUGGAGAGUGUUAUUCAUAAUAUUUUCAAAAUAUACAAAACUCUUUUGUUCCAAAUUCUUUGUUUUUCUUCUUUUUUUUUCCCUUCUGUUUUUCCCCUGUAACACUACGGUGCAGCAAUGUUUCCCUUCAGCUCAGCUACAGGAGCAAUAUGGUAGCUUUAGCAAUGUUUGUUACUCGUUAUAACAUGUACUGGAAACAUAGACCGGUCAUCUAAUAAAGUAUAUUUGCUCAUAA